AUGAUCAUCCCAAUAAACAAGAAUUUAAGAAGUGAAAUGGGAAGCCAAAACCAUUGUUAAAAAGCAAUAUAUCAGAAAGAGAGAGAAACAAGAAAAGGUUAUGGUAUAGUGGAGUCUUUCUUCUAAUUCAAGAGCACAACAAAGUGAAAGACGCGUUAAUGGCCCAACCAACAUAAGGCCAUCUCUGUACUUUACUCUCUGUUUUCUUCCAGACUUGAACAGUUGAGUAACACUGAGACAUGCCCUUCUUCUUCUUCUUCUUCAGCUCAGAUCUAUUUGGUGACCGCUCCUUCUGACAAUGUCAAGACCCUGGGUACUGGUUUGUCUUCUCCUGUUAAUUGUGUUUACAUCACAGUUAGAAUGGAAGCAACAAUAUGGGAAUGAUGAGCCGAGUCCAAACCCUUCAAAGAAACAGCAAUAUAUAUCUGAAAGGGAAGAAGCUGUGAAAGAAAAGAUUAUACUCUCUCAAGAGAAAAAUAUACAGAAACUUAAUGAGCUCGUGCGGAGUCUUCGAGAACAGUUACUACAAUGUAGAGGUGAAAGUGAGGUUGUCAAUGGCACUGCAACACCUUUGACCGAACUUCUUUCUGACCUCGAACGACAUGCACUCUUGGAGGAUUAGUCAUGGAUCAUAUGCGUUAAACAUCAAUAUAUGUAUCUGUAAGUAGGCACAACAAAAUUCUUUUUUACUAAGCUACUUAGCUUCAUCUGAAACAUAUCCUUGAAUGCUUGAAUGCCAGAAUACAAUAUCAAACUCUCAUCUCAGUA